AUGUUCUUCGCUGCCCGCAUGUGCCACAUAGCCUUCGUGACUUCCAUUGAUGUGUGGUACUCGUCCCCCGCGAACAGGCACAAGUACAUCCGAGCCUUCAAGGACCAAUUCCGUGAAACUGGAAAGCCGGACUAUACAGCCUUCAUGAAGACUCAUCCCGAGACAAUCUCUGAAACCUUCGGAGAUGAGGGCACGUCUGAGGGCCAGAUGGUGAAGGCGAUUGUCCUUCCCAGCUGCGUCAUUAUGGCAAUUGGUGGGAUCAUGAUGCGCUGUGGCGGCUCCUCUAUGUGGGGAUACGCCUUCCAUGCAGCACGCGGGCUGCUAACCCCUUUUGGCCUUCUCAUGGUGCUCCAGACGCCAGUGGUCAGUGGAGCCACCGGGGGAAACAAGGACCGCGGGACCUGCCUGGCAAGCCAAGGCCUUUUCCAAGGUUGCAGACACGACCGUCAUGGGACUUCAAUGGACUUCACUCGGUCUUGCGCGCCGUGCGGCAUUUCCGUCUCAAGGUUUUCAGUGUCAGAUCCGCUUGCCAGACCAGCCUGA